AUGCCCGUGAAGCGCGUCGCCCACGAGACGCGUCGGUCCCUUCCUUCGGGAUGGAACGUCGCUCGACGUGCCCAGCCCGACAUGAUCCUUCCCCUCAGCGUCGGCCUCGUACAGUCCAACCUGGAGAAUCUUGAGGCUUACCUUCUGGACGUGGCACACCCAGAGUCCCCAAACUAUAGCAAGCACUGGACCCCUGCCAAGGUAGCGAACGCGUUCCGCCCCUCCGCCGAGUCCGUCGCUACGGUCCGGGAGUGGCUCAUCGAGGACGGGUCCAUCGACGCGAGUCGGAUCGUCCUCAGCAAAAGCGGAAGCUGGAUCACAGCCAACGUGACCGUGUCCGAGGCGGAGCGUCUGUUAGGUACGGAGUACUUCGUGUACGAGCACUCCGAGGACGGAGGGGAACACGUCGCCUGCCACGGCGCGUACCAUUUGCCCGAGACGGUUUCCAAGCACGUCGACCUCAUCACCCCGACGCUGCACUUCGAUGCCAAGGUUCGCAGGCAUGGAAGCACAGACAAGCGGUCUGCCCCGAAGACCGGACUGGGUUUCAGCUCAGCCACCACACCAAAGAUUGGUGGCGUGAUUGAAGACAUCUUCACGGAUCUCGCGCAUUGCGACGAAACGAUCACCCUCGCGUGUCUGCGUGCGCUGUAUGACUUCGUCUACGAUCCUGUAGCGGCAGAUAAAAACUCGAUUGGAGUCGUUGAGUAUACCCCGCAAACCCACAACCCGUCCGACUUCGAUGUCUUCUUCGGCAACUACUCCAAGGAUCAGGUCGGCGAGCGUCCCACCUUAGUCAGCAUUGACGGCGGAUUCCUCGAUCCUGAGGGUGACCCCGGCGAGUCCAGCCUUGAUCUCCAAUACGUACUCGGUCUCGUCGGCAGCAAGCAGGAUGUGCUUUUAUACCAAACCGGCGAUGACGUCGAGAGCGGUUCAUUCAACAACUUCCUCGAUGGCAUAGACGGUUCCUACUGCACAUUCGAAGGUGGCGACGACCCCAGCCAAGAUUCUGUUUAUCCUGACACCCAACCCGGAGGCUACGAUGGUCCCGAAGACUGCGGCAACAAACCCACCGCAUACGUCAUCUCGACGUCUUACAGCUACCAGGAGGCGGACCUCACGACCGCCUACAUGCAACGUCAGUGCGCGGAGUACGGGAAGCUCAGUUUGACCGGGAUCACGUUCGUUUACUCCUCCGGAGACUCCGGCGUGGCUGGGUUCGACGGCUCCUGCCUCACUGAGGAUGGUCAGCAGGAACAAGGCGCAUCCCGCUUCAACCCCACGUUCCCCGGAGGGUGCCCGUACGUGACCUCCGUCGGCGCGACUCAGGUCGUUCCAGGACACUCGGUCGAGGAACCCGAGAGCGCAGUGUUCCAGCGGUUCCCGUCCGGCGGCGGUUUCUCCAACGUCUUCCCGCGCCCUAGCUACCAGAAGGCUGCUGUUGGCGGAUACUUGAAGACGUACCCUCCGCCCUACGCGGCCGGUGUCUUCAACACCACCGGCAGGGCGUACCCUGAUGUUGCGGCCAACGGGCUCAACUACUCCGUCGUGCUCGACGGCGAGUUUAGGCUGGUCUCUGGAACAUCCGCGUCUGCACCGACAUUUGCGUCCAUACUCUCCGCGAUCAACGAUGCUCGUCUCGCGGUCGGGAAGAAGCCCGUUGGUUGGGUCAAUCCCGCUCUCUACUCCCCUCUCAUCUCUCUGGCGUUCAAUGACAUCACCAAUGGUUCAAAUCCUGGCUGCGGCACGAACGGCUUUGCUGCGCGUCCCGGCUGGGACCCCGUCAGUGGUCUAGGCACGCCGAACUUCCUCAAGCUCCUGCCCCAGUUCCUCCUCCUUCCUUGA